AAUAAAUAAAUAAAAAUCUUUAGAAUUGUUAGGGUUCUCCAGAGAAACAGAACCUACAUAAAGGGGAUUUAUUAUAAGGCACUGGCUCACAUGAUUAUGGGGGCUGAGAAGUUCCAGGAUCUGGCACCUGCAAAGUGCAGACCCAGGAAAGCUGGUGGUGUCAUUCAGUCCAAGACCAAAGGCUGCAGAGCCAGAGUAGGUGAUGGUGUAAAUUCCAGUCCAAGGACAGGAGAGAACCUAUAGCCAGCUCAAGCAGGCAAACAGGAAACAAAAGGGAUGAAUUCCUCAUUUCUCCCAGGCCCUCAACAAAUCAGAUGAUGCCCGACAACACUGGGGAGAACAAUCUGCUGAGUCCACAGACUCAAAUGCUAAUCUCAUCUAGAAACAACCACCUCCCAGACCCACAAAUGUUUAAUGGGGGCACCUCGUGGCCAGUCAAGUUGAUAACACAAAAUUAACCUUCACAAUGACUUUCCUGCUUCAUUUUUAUUAUGCUAAGAUUAUAGGGAUUAUAUGUUAAAUAAUAUUAGAUGGCAUUGCCCAACAAAUGACACCAUCCACAGUUUCAUCUUCCCAGCGUCUUUAGCAGAAGUGUCAUUUUGGCCAUACUGAAUCCAAAUUCUGAAGGUCAGCCUCACUGUGCUGCCACUCCAUGAUAGCCACUGACUGUCCCACUAAGGGACUUGCAGAUUUGCACAGCCCUUCCCUCUCACACACCUCAUAGGAUACAUCCCGGCCAGAUUCACUUACUCUAGCGGGUGGAUUCAGAACAGUAGAGACCAUGUUCCUAGGGCUGCCUCAGGGCAGCCUUCAGUGUGGGUCCCUCCUUGUGGUAAAGAAGGAAUAUUAUUUCCUCUACAUGACAGCUCAUUUGUAGGGAAAAAAGGCUAGGCACAUUUGUGUGAAAUUAUAUUGCUCAGGUAAGCCUAGUGCUCCAAAGGACUGAUUACCUUGAAAAGUCAGGAGAGCAGCGUCUAGGAGUGGAACGGAAAGGAAUGAGUGCAACCACUGGCUCAUCUGGCCCCCGGCACAAAGCCUUGUCACCUCCUAGGGGUCUCCCCAUUGGUCUGCAGCCUCUCUCUUCCUUUCCUGCCCAAACCAGAGAAUUUAACUUUCAUUUUCACUUAGCACCUCCGGAUCUUGGUGGAGAUCGGCCCCUGGUUUGCUGAGAGAAUCCUGACCAUAUUCCCGUGGCCUGCCUCCACUCUUCUCCAAGGAGGCACGACUUCUCACCUGGGGUCUGAAGGAUCGGUGAACAAGAGGAGCCACUGAGGUCAGGACAGAUAGGAGCAAGGGAGCAGCUGUUAUGGCUUUUAAACUCCUUACAAACAUAGAGAAGGAGGUGACCUGCCCCAUCUGCCUGGACCUCCUGAAGGAACCCUUGAGCCUGGACUGUGGCCACAGCUUCUGCAAAGCCUGCAUCACUGAGGAGAACAAGGAGUCUGUAACAAGCCAAGGAAGGAAGAGCAGCAGUUGCCCUGUGUGCCAAAUCGCUUUCUGCUCUGGGGAACUGCGGCCUAACUGGCAUGUGGCCAACAUAGUGGAGAGGCUCCAAGAGGUCAAGAUGAGCUCUGAAGAGGAGCAGAAGAGAAAUCUCUGUGAGCGCCAUGAAGAGAAGCUUGUGCUCUUCUGCAAGAAGGAUGGGAAGGUCAUUUGCUGGGUUUGUGAGCGGUCUCAGGAGCACCGUGGUCACCAAACGGUCCCCAUGGAGGAGGUUGUCCAGGAGCACCAGGAGAAGCUCCAGACAGCUCUGCAGAAGCUGAGGGAGGAGCAGCAGGAAGAGAAGAUGUUGGAAGCUACCCUCAAAGAAGAGAGAACUUCCCUGAAGAAUCAAAUACAAAAUGAGAAAAGGUGUGUCCAAGCACAGUUUAAAAAACUCAAGACUAUCCUGGAGAAUGAGGAGCUGAGGAUAGUGCAGCAGCUGGAGAGCGAGGAGAAAGCUAUUCUUGACACCCUGGCUGCAACGGAGCUUGAGCUGGUCCAGCAGAGCCAGCUGAUGAGAGACCUGGUCUCGGAACUGGAGCAUCGGCUGCAGGGGUCGACAGCAGACAUGCUGCAGGAUGUGAAUCACAUCAUAGAAAGGAGUAAGAACUUGAGCCUGAAGAAACAAAACAUGUUUUUCAAGGAACAAAGGAAAGUGUCCCGAAUUGCUGAUCUGAAAGUGAUAAUAGAAGCAUUUGGAGAAAUAAUGAAAGAGAGCAGCAUGACGGACAGAGAGAGAGAAGCAGACUCCCACUGAGCAGGGAGCCGGACAUGGGGCUC